UUGCAGUUGUUUAGCUUUUUUUCGUUCGUAAGUGCUCUCUCAUAUCGGGUUUCUCUCGCAGUUGUUCUAUGCAGUUGUUGAUUACAAGUUCCAAGUCGGCUCACUUCUCGCCGUAUCGUUCUUUCCAGAAUAAAUUCAUAUUAUUCUAUGUUGUCAAAUCUUUAAUCGUCAGAAAUUCUAUUUAUAGUCACGAUUGAACUGUGACUUUGCGGCAAGCAUCGUAGACACACUGCCCAACAUCUUCAAUAGUCAAGUGGAAGAAGAAGCUACGCACCAAAUUCUCUUUCCAAGUUCUACACUGAAAAGGGAUCUGAAAAUACGGUAAUAGACGAUUCGAAGUUUUGUUGGCGCUUCAAAUCCUGCAAGAAAAAUGUGGCUGAACAGAGUAGUAAACUCCAGUUACAAGCGAACAUGUUUACUGAUAUUUGGUUGUUAUGGACUGAUAAUGUUUGCUUAUUUCGCCCUCUAUUACAAAGCAAAUGAUUUGACUUCUUGGCCUUCCCCAUUUUAUUUUGGCACAAACGAUUCGCUAACGGAAUCUCCUGCUGAUUCACGUCAUGAAUUCAAAAAUAACUAUGACUACUUACCUGAUGGAGAUAAAGCUUUCUUCUUGGAAACUGGCGGCAGUGAAACGCUCAACAUCCGGCAAGCGUGUGCAGUGGAAUCGCUAGCGUUGCACAACCCAAAUGUCACUGCUUACGUGUUUUUUGGUCAGGAACGAGUCAACAGCAGCUCCAUCACAUUAAAGACGCUAACAGAAAACUACAAAAACAUCCAAGUUAUCGGUCUCAAUAUGGAUAAUUAUUUAGCCGGUUCGCCUUUGGAACAUUGGUACAAAUUCACCGACUGGAGGAAAGGACCUUACCACGUCGCUCAUUUCAGUGAUGGCCUUCGUUUGCUCACGUUGUCAAGAUACGGGGGCUACUAUUUCGAUCUUGACAUCAUCCACGUACGGCCGGUGACCUACUAUCGUAAUUUCAUUGGCACAGAAGAUGGAGGUACAGCGUCGAAUAGCGCAAUCCAUGCGGAUUAUGGCUACCCUGUUAUUCAGAUGGCAAUUAAUGAUUUCCCUGCUAAUUACAGAGCUGAUGCUUGGACCCAUAAUGGACCUGAUUUAUUGGGCAGAGUUUUGACUAAAUGGUGCGGAGUAGACAGACUUCAGGAAACAAAUUAUCUCAAAUGUAGUGGGUUCAGCGUUCUGCCGAGGAUAUCAUUCUACCCGGUACAUUAUAGCAAUUUGGGAGAAUUUUUCAAGCAAAGAGAAACAAAUGACACCAUGACUCCUGAUUGGUUGACGGCGGAAGUGAUUGGUGUUCAUAUUUGGAACAAGCUGAGCUAUGGCGAGCCCGUAUUCCGGAAUUCCACGCAAUAUUAUACGCAGCUAGCUCGUAUCCAUUGCCCUGCCACAUUUUCUAUUGCUCCUGAUGUAUUUUAAUUUAAAAAAAAAAGGGGCAGGAAGGAAAUUUAGCCACGUUACACCUAUAAGUUUUUGUGAUGUCAUGUAAAACUCCUUUCCCUGUCAAUGUUGGUUUCAACUAAUACAGUUCAUUUUGCUUUCAA